AUGUCUGACGAAGCAAAUACAAUGAUUUCAAAUGAAGAUAAUGGAAAUAAAAAAUCGAAAGACCAGAAAUCCUCCAAAGAUGUUUGUGAGGAAUUUGGAAUUGAUUAUGUUCCAAUGAAAUAUUCUGAUAGUGAUUAUCAACACAAAAAAACGAUGACAUUAAUGGCGGCAUAUUGGCGUGAAUUUCUUGAAAUAAAAAGUUCUCAAACAUUCUCGAAUAAUACUUUAACGGAAUCAAAUAAUGAUCAAGAAGGAAAUGAUCGUAUGGAAACUGAUGAAACACAUUCUACUACAACAACAUCAACAAAUCGUUCUCGUCGACGUCGAGCUAUUAUACAAGAAGAAAUCGAUCAUGAUGAUGCUGUUGAACAACAACAACAAGAUGAUGAUGAUAAUAAUUCACCGGUAACUAAUUCUUCAUCACGUAAAAGUACAAGUACAAAUAAAAAAAUUCCAUCAUUAAAAAUAAAAUUACAAAAAGAUCAAACAAGUGCAUUAACAGCUAAAGAACAUAUGAGCACAUCAUUAGGUAAUGAUGAAGAUGAAGUAAAACCAACAAAAAAAUCUAGUCGACAACGUAAACGUAAACGACGUGAUGAUGAAGAUCCAUCAAAUGAAUCCGAUGCAGAAUUUGAAGCUAUGCUUGUACAAAGUGAAAUUAAUGAAGAAGAAGAAGUACCAAAGAAAAAACGUGUUAAAAAACCACCUAAACCUCCAAAACGUAUUGCACGUUUAAAUAAUCGUCGACAACAACAAGCAGCUGCAGCAGCAGCAGUCGAAGAAGUUGCUAAUAUUCCACUUGAACAAGGUGGUUAUGAAACUGAUCAUCAAGAUUAUUGUGAAGUUUGUCAACAAGGUGGAGAAAUUAUUCUUUGUGAUACGUGUCCAAAAGCUUAUCAUCUUGUUUGUCUUGAUCCUGAACUUGAACAAGCACCUGAAGGUGAUUGGUCAUGUCCUGAAUGUACAAAGAAUGGUAUUAGUAUUCAAGCAAGACAAGCUGCUGCUGCUACAGCUGCCCGACAAGCUAAAGAAGAAGAAGAUAAUCAUAUGGAAUAUUGUCGAGUUUGUCGUGAUGGAGGAGAAUUAUUAUGUUGUGAUCGAUGUCCAUCUUCAUAUCAUAUGCAUUGUUUAAUUCCACCGAUGACAGUUAUUCCAGAUGAUGAUUGGUUUUGUCCACGAUGUACUGUAAAUUGA